CCCUGCCCCUGGGUCGCUCUUUUUAAGCUCCCCUGAGCCGGGGCUGCGCUCCUCUAAUUGGGACUCCGAGCCGGGGCUAUUUCUGGCGCUGGCGCGACUCCAAGAAGGCAUCCGCAUUUGCUACCAGCGGCGGCGGCAGCAGCGGAGCCAGGCCGGUCCUCAGCGCCCAGCACCGUCGCUCCCAGCAGCCCCGAGCGCGCACCGCAGGCCGGCGGCCGAGCUCGCGCAUCCAGCUUCCACUCUUGACCUGCUCCAUAGAGAAGAAAAAUGAGUGAGUCGAGCUCGAAGUCUAGCCAGCCCUUGGCCUCUAAGCAGGAAAAGGACGGCACUGAGAAGCGAGGCCGGGGCAGGCCGCGCAAGCAGCCUCCGGUGAGUCCAGGGACAGCGCUGGUAGGGAGUCAGAAGGAGCCCAGUGAAGUGCCAACACCUAAGAGACCUCGGGGCCGACCAAAGGGGAGCAAAAACAAGGGCGCCACCAAGACCCGGAAAACCACCACAGCUCCAGGGAGGAAGCCAAGAGGCAGACCCAAAAAACUGGAGAAGGUGGAAGAGGAGGGCAUCUCGCAGGAGUCCUCGGAGGAGGAGCAGUGACCGUGCAGUGCCGCCUGCUCCCUUACCAGGAGCAGCUUCCCCUCUGGGACUGGACAGCUUGGCUCCGCUCCCACCGCCCCACCUCUUCCCCAGGCCCCCCCAACCCCUGCGCCUUCCCCACUGCACACUACAGCACACCAGCGCUGCAGGGCCCCCUGCGGCCCAAGUGGGGAGCAGUUUCCUCUGGCCUUGGUUCCCAGUGCCCUUCUGUCCACAUGCACAUUCUGCCUCCCUCCCAGACAAGGCUAACGUCCCACUUAGCCGCAGCCUGCCUGCUGCGUCCCGCUCCUUGUGGAGACAUUGCUCUCUGGGUUCCUUCUCUGGCCUCUCAUAGAGGGGCCUAGGAGGGCUCCCCUGGCCUUAAAAGGGGCCCAAGCCCCAUCUCAUUCUGACAUGCGCACUUGGCUAUACUGGCAGUAGCAGCAGGUGCGGCCAGUGCAUGGGGGCCCCGGGAGGCCCUCAGCCAAACUGUCUCUGUCACGAGGUGGGAUUCACCCGCUUCUCUUUCCCACCUCACCUAGUUUUGCACUAGGUUGAAUUAACCCCGUGGGGUACAGGAGGGAGGGCUGGGAUCUUUACCCUUGCCCUGGGAUCUAGUAUCUACUAGCUGUGAUGGAGAUGCAGUCACCUAUGGCACAGGUGAGGUCAGGCACUUCCCCACCCUUCCGCUUCCACUACUCUAGGCUGUGGCCCUUCCUGCCAUGGGGCACUAACAACAAGGAGCUUGCCAUGCCCACCUCUUCCUCCCCAUACCCCAAGGUUCUGGUUCCAUCUUUUCCUCUGUUCACAAACUACCUCUGGACAGUUGUGUUGUUUUUUGUUCAAUGUUUCAUUCUUAGACAUCCAUCAUUGCUGCUGCUACCAGCGCCAGACGUUCAUCAUUGCCUCCCCUGCCCAUAUUCCCCAUCCCCAAGAUACUCUUCAUGGGGGAAGGGGGCUGGGGCACAGCAGGCUGGGUUACCAAUCACCCCAGUUCCAGGGAAGGUGGGGUCUGCCCCUAGGAUGCUGCAGCAGAGUGUGGGGGGGGUGCCCAUAUUGACCAUGAAGGGUAUAGGGACCACCUCUUCCCCUUGUUGGGGAUGGGGUGGCCAUUUGUCCCAGCCUGGGGCUUCCCUCCAGUUUCCUAUUUGCAGUUACUUGAAUAA